CUUAUCGACAUUUCUGUAACUUAACUUUAAAGGUGUGUUUUACUGUGUAGAUAGACACCACGCAUCGUCAAUUGCUUCCUCUGAAAUGAAAGAUUUUAGAAUCGAGAGCUAUUACUUGAUGGAAUCACCCAUCCAACCAGCCCUUGUUACGAUAGCUUAUCUUGCUUUAGUACUCAAAAUCGUGCCGUUUUUUAUGAGAAAAAAAUCGCCCUUCGAGCUGAAAGCUGUAAUGGUACUUUACAAUUCGAGUCAGAUUGUCAUUAACACUUAUUAUGUCUUGAUGGGUCUGCAUAUCUAUACAGCUUCCAAUAUUUUGUGCGCAUACACAGACAUUUCAGGUUCCCCAGACCUUCCGUACGCCGUAACAGGACACUAUCACUACCUCAUGAUAAAAAUUUUGGACUUCGUGGAGACGAUCAUCUUCGUCCUCCGCAAAAAAGACAAUCAAGUUUCUUUUUUGCACGUGUUUCACCACGUUGGGGUUUUCCUCAUUGGUUGGAUAUGUUGUAAAUUUUCUCCUGGAGGUCAAGGGUUUCUCGGCGCUUUAAUAAAUUGUUCUGUGCACAUAAUCAUGUAUAGUUAUUACAUGAUAAGUUUGUGGCUCGAUGGAAGAAAGAUCUGGUGGAAAAACUACGUCACUGUUAUUCAAAUCGGUUUCCCACAUCUCAACACUAUUAGUUUCUUGUGUACCAUUACUUCCCCGGAUUUUUAUAUCAUUAUAACACUACACCAUAAAUUUGUGUUGCUCAAGCUGAUCGAUUUUCUGGAAACGGACAAGCAAGUUUCUUUUCUGCACGUGUUUCACCACACUGGAGUAUUUUUAAUGGCUUGGAUAAGCUUCAAGUAUAGUCCUGGAGGUGCAAACUGUCUGAGUGCUUUUAUAAAUUGUAUUGUUCAUACAGUCAUGUAUUUUUAUUAUUUACAAAGUACGUGGACUAAGGAGAAAUUUCAGUGGUGGAAAAAGUAUAUCACAGUGCUUCAAGUGGUUGCCAACUCGAUUAUACUUUUGAAUUAUGUUGUACAUUUGGUGAACCCGUUCUGUUCUUUUCCGAAGUGGAUUUUGAUUUUCUCCCUUUCUCUUGGAAUGUAG